AAUAAUCACAAAAAAAAUUAAAAAAAAAAUCAGUAGAGAACAAAACUCACCACACAGAGUAUCCCACCAACUUUACACUUCCUCAACAAACAAAAAAAAGUAAAGGUGAGAGCUUUAGGUUGAAUCAGAGAGAGAGAGAGAGAGAGAGAGAGAGAGAUGGAGAGAAGGGUUUUGGUGGUGAGUUGUGUGGUUGGAGUAUUGGGGCUAUUAUCAGCUGCUACAGGGUUUGCAGCUGAAGCUACAAGGAUUAAGGGCUCUCAAGUUCAGUUCAUCUCGAAUACUCAAUGUGCAUAUCCCCGAAGUCCAGCAAUGGCUCUCGGUUUAACUGCAGCCGCAGCACUUAUGAUAGCUCAAGUGAUCAUAAACGGUUCAACGGGCUGUAUUUGUUGCAAAAGGAGCACACAACCUCUCAACUCCAAUUGGAAAAUGGCACUCGUCUGCUUUGUCGUUUCAUGGUUUACAUUUGUGAUAGCAUUUCUGUUGCUACUCACCGGUGCAGCUCUAAACGAUCAACAUGGUUUAGAGAGCAUGUAUUUCGGAAACUAUUAUUGCUAUGUUGUGAAACCCGGUGUGUUUGCUGGUGGAGCUGUUCUGUCUUUUAUAAGCGUGACACUCGCUAUACUCUAUUAUCUCACAUUCAAUUCAGCGAAAAGCGGGGCUAGCCCGUGGGGUAGCGCCUCGGGUCCAAAUCAGGGCCCGUCGAGCAUUGCUAUGGGGCAGCCUCAAUUCCCACCGCAGAAUCCUCAAGACCCGGUUUUUGUACAUGAAGACACAUACAUGAGAAGACAGUUCACUUGAGUUUUUGAUCAUGAUAGUUUGGUAUUUUGUUAUUUAAUUAUCUUUCUUAUAACUUAAAUUAGUAACUAAUUAGUGUAUAUUUAUUUAUUUUAAAAUAUUAUUAUGUUAUUGUAAUAAUUAUUUUAUAAUUAUAACUC